AUGAUUUUACUGUUCCUUUUCUGGACUAUUAUCCUCAAUCUUCAGUUGACCACUGCCCAAAAUGUUCCUCAUGAAACAGGAAUAGAACGUAGGAUAUGGGCUGAAGAAGGGGGCCACGCUGUGCUUCCCUGUUAUCUGAGCCCUCAGAUGUUGAAGAGUAGCUUGACGAAACAGUACAAAGGAUUGACUGUCCGCUGGGAGCGUUAUGGAGUCAGCUCCCACAAGGAGAGCCACUUGGUGAUAGAAGUGGAAGCCAGUGGGGUCAAGAAACAGGCCCGUUCCAUGAUGCACCGAGUCACAGUCUGGGACACUGGCUUUCUCAGUGGGAAUUUUUCACUCCAUAUUGAGCCAUUGCUGACUGACGAUGCAGGAACCUAUGAGGCACUGGUGGAAUAUGGCAACAAAGUGGAGCACUGUCGAGUAGAGCUUGGUGUGGUGUCAGUGACUGCUAACCCUCCUGGUAUUUUGGUUGAGUCAGAACCUGUCAGGUUAACCUGUAACUCCACACAUCCAGAAAACCCCACAAAGAGAAGGUGGCUCCGUGCAAGUCAACCCGUCCACUCCUCUGGUCCAUUCUGUCCUCUGGACCAAUCUUUGCUUAUCUACAGAUCCAGCAGUGGUGACUCUGGGCCCUGGGUCUGUGAACUCACCUUUGCAGAUGGCGAGAUCAUUUCUGCCGCACACAACCUGCAAGUCUUAGGAUUUGCUGGGCCAUCCAUUCCUGUAGUCUAUACAGCAGCAGGAUCUGAUGCUCAUCUGCCCUGCAUGCUGAAUUACAAUCCCAUUGACUAUGGCAUUUUAAAAGUGGCUGUCCAUUGGAGCUUUGUAGCAAGGGGAGAUCCAGAGACAAAGUCCACUUCCCAGUAUGGAAAUGAAAGGAAUUUUGGCCUCCCCCUCCUUGCUGUGGGGCCUGAUAAUGCAGGCCAGUACUUCUGUGAGAUUACCAUCCGAGGCACCACUAUCACUAAGAGCACCACUCUGGCAGUAAUGACAGUCACUCCAAGCAUUGAGGGCCCAGUCAUGGAAGGAUCUCACUUAUUGCUCACCUGCAACCUCAGCUUCCUCACAGGACAUGAACAUUUUCAGUGGAAGAAAUUGGACUUGGUGCCCACAAACAAGUCUUGGCCUGAGGCUACCUCCAGGAGUGUUGAGGUCUUGAGGUGGGGUAAAACCCUGGCGUUCUCCCAGGUGUCACCUAAUGAUGCAGGUACCUGGGAAUGCAGUGUCCAUGGCCCAGACGGGAUAUUGGGAUCUGUGCAGCAUCGCCUGGAAGUUGCAGGUGCCCUGCUUGCCAGUUCUCAGCCCUCAACAAACAAAAUGGCUGGAAAGAUCACAUUUGGACUGAUUCUCUUCCUCCUUGUUCUUGUAGUCUCCAUCUUGGCUCUGGCCCUCUUGAGACGAAGGAUAUACCCCCCAAAUUUCCCAACACUGGAUAGAAUGGUGUCUGCUGCUUUGCCCGGGAAAACAGUAAAGGAUGGAGGCCAGGAGAAGGUCCUUCAAGCAGAGUGCUGAUAGAAAGAAAGAGACAAGGUCACCAAGGUCACCUGUCAAGGUCACCAUGACAGCUACCAGGGUCGGCCAGAUGAGCCUAUGAAGUGCAGACUUGUAUGGGUCCAGGCAAAUGUUUGGAAAACCAAAUGCUUCAACAAACUAUGAGGUGGGUCCCUCUUGGGGGUGUGAAGUGCAUAGAAGGGAAUGCAGUGUUCUGGAGAGAGAUAAGAUCCUCAGGCAUUCUUCCUUUACACCAGCCAAGACAUGAUGGAUCAAAAUGUCCUUGAGCAGAGGAUCCUCACCGAUUCACAUUGGAUUUUGUGGGGAUUGGACCCAUCACCUCAACUUGAUUUUGGAAGAACUACUGCUUGGUUUGCCCAUGUGGGGUUUCAGGAGGAGUCAGAGAGAAGUCUUGUUGUAUUCCUUCUUAUGUCAUUGUUAGAUUAGUGCCCCAAUUCACAGAUAUUUACACAGAACAGCAGACUGCUUGCACAUAACUGUGUUCCAGGAUUUCUGCAUGCCCUGCUGGGGUACAGACAGCUGGUGUGGAGUUGGGGGCCUAGAAGGUAGUAGAAUAGCCUUAGAAGAGGAGGAAAAACUCACAAGAUUUUAGAAAUCCUGGGUGAAUCAAAAACUAGCUUCAGUCUAGAAGUCUGAGGAAAAAAUUGCAACUGCAGCUUGUCUGAUGUGCACAGCAAAAACUUUAUUAAGGGCUCCUGUGCCUUUACCUUAAUCAUUCUUCUUUGUAGGUUCAUCCCUUUCUAUUGCUUCUGUUGACCCUGGCUAGGAGAGUUAGUGAGUAAUUGUCCUUUAAAUAGCCUUUCUGGAAUUGCCCCAUGUGAAUUUUCCUUCCCUCAAAAAGGGUGUCCUGAAUUACCAAUUUCCUUUCAUUAUUUUUCACUUAAAAAUAAAGCUAUCCUGUUUUUAAAAAGGGGAUAUCAAUCCUAGACUCUUUCAUCCCCUGUAAGCUGUUAGGGUGCACUUCACAGAGAAGCAGUUAAAAGGACAAUUAUUUGCAAACUAGCUGACCCUGCACAGAGCAUCUGUGCGGCGCUUUGGGGCCAGCUGUUUCCCCCUCCCUCUUCCUCCUGCCCUGUGUCUCCUGUCUUCCUCUUCCCUCCAG